AUGAUGCCUUCAUUACGAUCAAUAUUUUCAACUGACUACCGCUGCGAGCACCCGCCGUACACAGCCCACCUCGUAUCCCACUCGCCGCUCGUCAUCUACAUCAAGAACUUCAUCACGCCCGCGGAGCGCGCCCAUCUGCUCAAACUCGGCAACGGGACCUUCACCCGCAGCGGCGUGACCACUUCCUCCUCCCGGUCCUCCUCCAACAACAACCCCCACAACCACAACCACGGCCAACCAGCCACCGCCCACAACCACCCCGUCCGCACCUCCCAAUCCACCACCCUGCCCCCCUCGGACCCGGUAGUCUCCUGCAUCGAGACGCGCGCGCUGCUCUUCCAGAGCCCCGGCACGCCGCGCUCGCACCUCGAGCCGCUGCAGCUCGUGCGCUACGCGCCGGGCGAGCACUACCACUUCCACACGGACUGGUUCACGGCGCCGGGGGCGCACGCGGGCGCCGACCGCGGCGGGAACCGGCGCACCUCGUUCUUUGUCUACGUCCGCGUCGAGGAGGGGACGUUGGGUGGGGGUACGAAUUUUCCGCGUCUUCGGAUCGGGUGGUGGUGUGAGCAGGGGAUUGUGGACUGUGAUGCGGAGUGGGAGGCCGGGGUGACCUUCCGGCCGGUGGAGGGGAACGCGGUGUUUUGGGCGAAUCUGAUCGAGGGGGAGGAGGAUGGGCUGGGUGGCGGCGGCGGCGGCCGGAGGGGGGACGAGCGGACGCUGCAUGCUGGGCUGCCCGUGCUGGCUGGCGGGAAGGUGGGGAUGAAUAUCUGGACGAGGGAGGGGCCGGUUGGGGAGGGGAUCAGGGGGGGUUAG